AAGCUAUCUUCAUUUUAAUUUGUGUUCAAAUCAUCUUUUUGUAAGAAAACAAAAAUCAUAGUGUCAAAAAUGGCAACGGAUACAACAACUUUUCCUGAAGGCGAUGCAGAAGCUGAACUUAAUCCUGGCCAAAACAAGAAUUUCGAAGUAGAUCCUGUUUCAUCAGAGAUUGCUUCUGAAAAGGUACAAAAAAUCGUAGAAAAGAGGGAAAACGCAAAGGCAAAGAGAGAUGGGGCACGAACGCUUAAAAACACGAUCAUAGUAUCAGCAGUGAUUGUGGCCGUCGCAGGAGCCGCUUUUGCUAUAACCAAGAAAUUGAAAGAGAAUAAAUGAUCUUAUACAAGUUAAUUUCUCAAUUUUCCUUUGUAACUUUUCUUACAUAAGAAAUUAAGAAAAAAAUAACUAUUGACAUUAUAUAAUAAUUAUUAAAAUCUCUAUAUUUUUUUAUAUGUAAUUUUUAAAAUUAAAUAAUGCAAUUGAAUACCAUUUUUUGUUUUUUUCAAACUAUGGUUUGAAUAAUGCGUUUAAUGAAUGUGUUAAUUGUACCAACAUCAAAAAUAAACGAAUUCUGGUUUUGUGAAAAAAACUCAACGAUCCAA